CGCUGUGCUGCCCCACCUCCGACUCACUCGCGCUUCUUCUCGCAAACGACAACCACCAACACUUUCCUCGUCUCCCAAACAGCACGACAGUCACGCCGCCAUGCUCGACGUUUUUGAUUUCUUCGGCGACAAGGGGGCCACCCCCGAGAAAAUCCGCGAGUCCCAGAGGAAGCGAUUUGCGCCCGAAGAGGUAGUGGACCAGAUCAUCGCGCUGGCGGAGGAGGCCAAGGCUGCGCGAUACAACGUUACCCAGAAGGGCGCGGAGGCCAACGCUGUGCAGAAGGAAAUUGGUGCGAAGAAGAAGGCAAAGGAGGAUGCUAGCGAACUUUUGGCCAAGAAGAUUGCGCUUGAGAAGGAGAAAAAGGCGCUCGAGGCUAUUGCGGACGAGAAGGAGAAGGAACUUCAGUCCAAGGUGGGCACAGUUGGGAACUAUGUCCACGAGUCGGUUCCUGUUAGCAACAACGAGGACAACAACGAGCUCAUCCGCAGCUGGUGCCCGGAGGGCGUCAAGGUCGAGAAGCAGAACUGUCUCUCCCACCACGACGUUCUCGCACGUCUGGACGGCUACGAGUCCGAGCGCGGAGUGAAGGUUGUCGGACAUCGCGGAUACUUCCUGAAGCAGUGGGGAGUCUUCCUGAACCAGGCACUGAUCAACUACGGCCUCGAAUUCCUCUCCAGCAAGGGUUACACACCCCUACAGACCCCGCAGUUCAUGCUGAAGGACAUGAUGGCGAAGACCGCACAGCUGGAGCAAUUCGAUGAAGAGCUCUACAAGGUGAUCGACGGCGACUCAAAGAACGACAAAUACCUCAUCGCGACCUCAGAGCAGCCGAUCUCGGCGCUGCACGCAGACGAGUGGUUGCAGGGCAAGGACCUUCUAAUCCGCUACGCAGGCUUCUCAACCUGCUACCGUCGUGAGGCCGGCGCCCAUGGAAAGGACGCCUGGGGAAUCUUCCGUGUCCACCAGUUCGAGAAGAUCGAGCAGUUCGUCAUCACUGACCCGGAGAAGUCCUGGGAGCAGUUCGACAAGAUGAUUGGAUACUCGGAGGAAUUCUACCAGUCCCUUGGACUUCCCUACCGUGUCGUCGCUAUUGUUUCCGGUGCGCUGAACAACGCUGCGGCGAAGAAGUACGAUCUCGAGGCAUGGUUCCCGUUCCAGGGAGAGUACAAGGAGCUCGUCUCCUGCUCCAACUGCACAGACUACCAGAGCAGGAAUCUCAACAUCCGCUUCGGUGCCGUCAGCCAGACCGGCGAAAGGAAACAGUAUGUCCACUGCCUCAACUCGACCCUGUGUGCCACCGAGCGUGCGCUAUGCUGUAUCAUGGAGAACUACCAGACCGAGGAGGGCCUGAGAAUCCCCGAGCCUCUGAGGAAGUACCUUCCCGGUGCUCCCGACUUCAUCCCCUUCACCCAGGAGCUGGCUGCCAACAGCACGUCGAUGAAGCGAGGCGCUGGAAAGCCCAAGGCUGCUGCUGCUGCUCCUGCUGCUGCGAAAUAGAUAUCCUCCCAAAAUAAGAUACAUAUUACCGUGCUCAUCGGUGCUUACGCUUUCUAAUGUGAUGCGAAAACAAAAGGACAAUCCGAAGUGGGUGAUUUGUCUCUUCUCUUCUCUUUCCUUUCUAUUCUUCUGUACAUUAUAGACCUUAUGGCUGGACCGUCGGAUGCUGGAAAACAUGCCGAUAAAUUUAUCGUUUUCACUGGGCCAAUUUGGAGACUGCAUAUAGAGGAUUCUAAGCCAUCACUCUCGCGACACAAUCAGCCGCAAU